AUACCAAUGCAAGCUAAGGUGCAUUAAUAUUAUUCACCUGAAAGUAGAAGAGGUGGGUGGAGUUCGAGAGCAGCUACUUAUUACAUAAGAGCAAAGAUAUAACCCAGAUCAAUCUACUUCGAUUCUCUCUCGAUCUCACUCAAAAGAAAUGUCCGGCCUCAUGAACACAGACAAAGACAAUGGCAAGAAGCCAGCCGCCGCCGCCUCCGAGAGGAAGUCCACCGACGUCAACCUCAAGGUCAAGAGCCAGAAAUUUAGAACCAUGUACUUCAGGAUGAAGCGCCAUACUCCACUUCAGAAGCUUGUUGAUGUUUACACUAGGAAAUACGACGUUUACAGCUUCAAGUUCCUCUAUGACGGGCAAGGCAUCAAUCCCAAGCUCACUGCACUCCAGUCUGGAAUGAAAGAUGGGGAUGAAAUCGAUGCAAUGCUGCACGCUGACGGAGGUGGUCGACGUUGCUAGUCGAGAAAUUCUCAGAAGCUAGCUGUUAAUUAUCAAUCUCUUAUCAAGUAGAAAUUAGUACCAUCUAUCUAUUAUCUUCUAAUUAAAGAACGAGAACUGUGCGUGUCUAUGAACUAAUGCUAGUUUCCCAUGAUAUAUAGUAGAGAUCGAUGCUGGUGAAUUGUGAUCUUUUGUGUUACUGGAUGCUUGUUUUAACUAGUUAGCUAUAUAUUGAUCUGAUUGGUUUGAGUUCAUGAUUCUC